AUGAAGGCCCUCCUAAUCAACCUUUUGAUGCUGACACCAGCCGCCUUUGGCAGCAUCACAAUUUCGGUGAGCCAGGUUAAGCCACUACCUUUGAAGUCUGCCGGGACAGUGUCAUCAGCAGAUGAGCUUUUUCGACAGAGCUGCCCUGAAGAAGUGGCGAGCAAAAACCUGUACACACCCAAGUUGCUCCUGUCGUCAUACUCGGAGUUUGAGGAGCCUGGCAGGCAGUCUUUCAACGGAAAUGUAUACCCAUCAUCAGGCAGUUUUGUUCGUGGUGCUAUCGUGGCUUGGGCAAAUCAUCAAAGCUUAGUGCUCCGUCCUGAUGCCGUCUGGUUCGAAAUCCUGGCCCAGCUCAAUUUCUACAUGACGAAGAAUGCAGAGAAGAUUCGACACUUGUUUGUAGACUUUCAAGGGAAGAAAGAGAUUGUUGUCAAAGAGACGACCUGGAGCAAUGUUAUUGCUGCAUUUGCGGCCGAGAUACAAAAGCGUGUCAAAACAAGCUGGCUGCUAGGAUGGGUUGCGCCUGGAUUCAGUACCAGCACCAAGAAUGAUAACAUGACAGCCACAGUGCUAAUGAUGGGACUCGUGCAGCACUACUUUGAGUUUACCGGGGGAAUCAUAUGCGGAAUCCCCUCAGUCACAUUGCUGGGAACGAAGAACGACUGGGUCAAGCUGUACAAAAAGUUGGAUCAUUUGGCGGAUUUCGGUACUGAGCCAGCCCAGUUUGCUCACAACUUGAGGCCCGUACUCAAUAAGUUCGUCCAGACAUGGGAUGAGCCACAAAGUCGAGCAGUCAACUCGUUCUGGAGCCAGAUUGUACGUGCCAACAAGAUCUUUACUUGCGGUGCCGGGCCUAUGGAAUUCGAUAUCUCAGGCUGGAUCACGGGUUUCUUGCACUGGCGAGAAGAUGGCACACUUGUUGCCCCGAACGGAACAAUCCCACGUCCAGACGAUGUGCGGCUCGACGGUGUUGCGUAUACUAGUGUGGAUGUUGACCACAUCCCUGUUGGAUAUGCCAAGGCGCCGCUCAAAAUGCUGGACUACCCUCGCCCUGGCGUCAACACCCAGGCUUAUGUGUUGGCGGGAAACAUUGGCAUCAACAGGACUGUAUCAAAGACCAUGGUGAAGAACGGGGCGCACGAAGUGUUGGCAGAGCCUAUGAAUUCGUGGUUCUUGUAUGGGCCAGUGAAUACGAAUUUCACUACGGGGCCAGAAUAUGGAAACUUUUCGGAUGUUGAGGGUAUUGCAGAAAGUUUAAGGAAUUGGUGCCCAGCUGCAUUUGAUAAGGAUGAGUAA